UUGAGUCCCUCACUAGUAUCCCGUCUGCUUUGCGCCGCCAAACGCCAUCUUGGAUUUGUUUGGCGCUUUUCAUUGUGAAUAUACGCCAGUAAUGUUUAAUUUUACUUAAUUUGUGAUUUUUGACUGUUAACUGUUAGAAAUUGGAACUUGCACAGUGGAGAAAUAUAAAUAAACAAUUAUGGAUCCGGCUAAAAUGAAAGUUGUGGAUCUAAGAUCCGAGCUUGGUGCUCUUGGAUUGGAUACCAAAGGGAACAAGCCGGCUUUGGUCGAAAGAUUGAAAAAAGCUUUAGAAUCUAUGACUGGAAAAACUUUACCGGACACGUCGAUAUUGGACACCACAAACGAGGACGCUGGCGAGCCGGCAACGCCGCGGCGGCCUGCGGCGAGGACCACGCGGCGGUCUUCAUCCUCCAGGCUCGCCGCCACACCUGCCAAGAUCGUUCGCGAGGAGCCACCACCCGAGCCUAUUCGGGAGGAAGUGAAGGACGAUGGCGCCGAGCGCUACUCUCCUGGGCUGGACUCCGACUCAGAGUCUGCUAAGUCGCCGAAGGUUGAUGCGCCUGUUGAACCACCGAAGCCGCAAGAGGCGCCCGAACCGGUCGCCGCGCCUGAACCCAUCGCCGCGCCUGAACCCGUCGCCGCGCCUGAACCCGCGCCCGCGCCCGAGCCCGAACCUGCGCCCGAACAGGAACCGGAGCCUGUCAAACCUCAAGAACCGCCUCAGGAAGUUUCUGAAGAGAAAUCAGAACCAAUGGAAACCCAGGAGGUCAAAUCAUCACCGAUAAAGAAAGAUCAUCGGGAAGAUGAUGAUAUUGUAAAAGAACCGGAGACAACUAGUGAAGAGAAAGUAGAGAAAGGUGAUUAUGAACAGAUGGACCAGGAUCAGGGUGAGGAGAAGAAAGAGCAUGAGGCUGAAGAGGCUCCUGGUGACGAAAAGAAACGGCCACUAACCGAGGAGGAAGAAUGGGAGGAAAUGAACGAGAGACUCCGAAUCAAGGAACAGGAGAGAUUGGAGCGCGAGAAACAACAGGCGGACGAGGAAGCCCAGAAAUUAGAAGCUAUGAGCCAAGACCCUAUAAAGUACCAACGCCUGAAGAGGAAGCAAGAGAAAAAGGCGAGAUGGCGCAACUUCUAUAGGAGCAUUGAGGCCACCAAUGAGAUUCUGACGCCACCCGCAGAGGAGCAUCAUGACAAAGGCAGAAAGCAUUCGCAGUCGGCGGAGGCCAAAGUAGAAGAGCCAGAGAUCAACGAUGAAGUUGUGACGCUGUCUUGGUACGACAGUUCCCUGAACCAGUACAUCGAGCUGCCGGGGUUGAACAGCGUGGUGCCGCUCACCGACGGCGCCUUCGCGCACGCCUGGGCCGGCGUCCGCGCCACGCACGGCGCCGUGUCGGGCCGCCUCAUGUACGAGGUGCGCGUGGGCGCCGUGGUAACGACGACAGAGGCGCUGGAGAAGGAUGUUAUCACAUCUGGCCUAAGGAUGGGAUGGUCUACUGAAGACUCCUCCUUGCACCUUGGCGAGGGCGAGCUGAGCUGGGCGUACGAGAGCUCGGGCCGCGCCGUGCACAACGCGGAGUUCAGCGACUACGGGCAGGCGCUCAACGAGAAGGACGUCGUCGGCGUCUACCUGGAUUUGGAGUCGAGCCCAUGCAAGAUCUUGUACACGGUGAACGGUGUGGAGCAAGGCGUGGCGCACGAGUUCGACAAGGAGGUACUCGGAGACAAGCCACUCUACCCGCACAUCCUCACCAAGAACAUGUGCUACAAGGUCAACUUUGGAUAUGACAGAUACAACAUGCUGACCAAGACAAAGAUAGUGCGCAAGCGUUUAGAGAUACCGAUCGAGCAAGUCCUAGAAGAGAAGAAAGCCAUGGAUGCGGAGGCGCAGCGGCGCAGAGAGGAGGCCGCCAAGAAUGAGAAGGAACGGAAGGAGAGAGAGAGGAAGGAGAGGGAGGAGCGACAGAGGAAGAAGAAAGAGGAACGUGAAAAACAAGAACGCGAAAGGAAAGAAGCUGAAGCGAAGGAGAGAAGAGAGAAGGGCGAGGAAGAGAUGGAUACCGCCGAGAAGGAGAAAGAGAAAGAAAAAGAGGACAGCGCCGAUGACACAGAGAAAGACGAUAAAGAUGACAAGGAAGAUAAGCCACAAGAAAAUGGCGAUAAGGCGGACGACUCGCAGGACUCGUCGGAACCGAAGGUGGACAUGAAGCCUGAACCGAUGGAGACCGAGCAGCCUGCUGAGGGACAGGAGAAUGAAGAGGCUGUGAAGGCGGAACCAGCAGAAGGCGACACUGCCGAGGCUGAAGUCACCGAGGAACAAGUUUACAAAGGACUUGUGCUCGACAAGAAAAUAAAAUUCGUUAUUAGGUACACUGUGGAAGAAGAGCUGGAGGGUGCGGAGGCGUGCCUGCUGCCCGGCUACGUGUUCCUGAAGGACGCGCUGGCGCACCUGCUGCCCGGGCCCCGGCGCCCCGCCACCAGGGCCGACUGCGAGGUGAUCCUCAUGGUGGGCAUGCCGGGCGUGGGCAAGACUCACUGGGCGCGGCGCCACUGCGAGCAGCACCCCGAGCGGCGCUACAACGUGCUCUCCACCGGCACGCUCUUCCACGACAUGCAGGUGGACUGUAAGCCCUUCCGAACGUCGUACGAGGGCAGGUGGGACGCUAUGGUCUCCAAGUGCGCUAAGUGCGUGCUAAAGUUGUUGGAAAUCGCACGCGGACGCAGGAGGAAUUAUAUACUCGACCAGACCAACGUAUAUCCGUCGGCCCAGAGGCGCAAGUUGAGGGAAUUCGACGGUUACCGGCGAGUCGCCGUCGUGAUAGUCACCGACGACGAAACCUACCGCGCACGAUCCAAGCGCAGGGAGGAGGCCGACGGCAAGGAGGUGCCCGACGGGGCGGUCGUGGACAUGAAAGCCAACUUCACGCUGCCCGACAAGUGCUCGUGGCUCGACGACGUGCUGUACCCCGAGCUGAGCGGCGACGAGGCGCGCCGGGUCGUGGAGGGCUACCACCGCGAGGCCAAGGCGGCCGGCGUGUGCCGCGACCGCGACAAGCGCGAGCGCUCCGCCUCGCGCGACGCGCCCGCCGCCAAGCGCCCGCGCUCGCAGGACCGGCGCGGCCCGCCCGAGCGCCGCCGCGACCGACCCAACCAGUACAACGAUGACAGAUGGGGCGGCGGUGGCGGUGGCGGCGGCGGCAGCAGAUGGGGCGCUGGUGGGGGAGGCCGCGGCGGAGGGGGGCGCUGGGGACCGCCUCGCGACCGACCUGGACCCACCAACACGCGGUUCGACCGGGGCUGGGGACAACAGCCAGCGCGAGGAGAGUUCGGCCGCGAGCGCGAAGGAUUCCGCGGCGGUCGCGGCGGCGGCGGCGGCGGCGGGCGCGGCUCGGGCGGCGCGGCGCGCGGCGCGGCCGAGCGCUUCCCGCGCGACCGCCCGCCGCGACCGCACGACCGCGCCGACAAGCGCGUGCCGCACGCGCACGGUGGCGGCGGCGCGGGCGCUGGCUCGUGGCAGCGCGGCGGACAGGUGCAGAACAACCGCGGCGGCGCCAUGCUGCCCGCCAGGAACAACGCACCGCAGCAGGGACGCGGGCCCAACCAGAAGGACGGACCUAACCAGAACCAGCAACAGAACCAACAGGGCUCGCAGCCGUGGAACCAGUGGGCCGGCAACUGGGGCGGUUGGGGCAACUGGAACCAGAAUCAAGGCUGGGGCAACUGGGGCAAUUGGGGUAACUGGGGCAACGCAGGGGCGGCGGGCGGCGCGGCCGGCGCGGGCCAACAACACGCGCAGGGCAAGGGCCAGCAGCAACAGUGGCCCGCCAACUACACCGCGCAGCAGUGGUACCAGUGGCAGCAGUGGCAACAGCAACAGCAACAGUGGCCCGGGUAUCAACAAGGCAACCAGCAAGCGGGCAACUCAGCAGACGUGCAAGCUUGGGCUCAAUACUAUCAGAACUGUGGCGCGAAUUCGGCAAAUUCUGGCAACACGGGCGCAGGCGCGAGCGACAAGAAGUGAUGCGCACGCGCAGCGCCGCACUUCCGCGUGUAUCCGCGAGUGGCGCCGGGUGGGGACACUAGUGACCGCCCUCUUGUUUAGUCGUAAGGAUUGGCGCCGCACGUCUGUGAGACUCGGCCAACCAAACUCUUCGGUAUAAGCAUGGACUACGGUUUAGAACGGCGUUCUGUUUUAAACCUAGAUAGGUUAAUGUAGACUAAGUGAUGCGAAUGGUUGAGUGAGCGAGGCUUGUGUGUACAAACGGUGGAGCAGUGGUGAAUGAAUUGGGUUAUAUUAUUGUAAUAAAUGAUGAUACUA